GUGCGUGGGGCAGGCCCGUCGGACUCACAACUGCACACACAAGCACUUACUAAUAAUAAAGUCCUGUUUGGAUGUCAUUUUCAUGGAGGAUUACAGCUGAUACAUAUGGAGAGUCAAGAGGAACGGCCAGUCAUCUACACUAUGGAGAACAAGCCGAUUGUAACGUGUGCUGGAGACCAGGCCUUGUUUACGUCCCUCUACACCUCACUGGCCCAGCAGCUUCCCAGGGAGCCCAUGGAAUGGAGGAGGACUUACGGCCGUGCACCAAAAAUGAUCCACCUUGAAGCUAAUUUUGUCCAGUUUAAAGAGGAGCUGCUCCCAAAGGAGGGCAACAAGGCUCUGCUCACCUUCCCCUUCCUGCACAUCUACUGGACCGACUGCUGUGACACGGAGGUGUAUAAGGGCUCGGUGAGGGAGGACAUGAUGCGCUGGCAGAACAGCCUGCGGAGCCACAGCUCGGCCGACUGGGUCAUCAUCGUGGUGGAGACCAACGACAUGAAGAAGAAGAACAAAACCAACAUCCUGCCACGCUCCUCCAUCGUGGACAAGAUCCGCAGUGACUUCUGCAACAAGCAGAACGACAGGUGUGUGGUUUUGUCCGAUCCUCUGAAGGACUCGUCUCGAUCACUGGAUUCCUGGAAUUCUCUGCUGCUGAAGCUCCGGACUCUUCUCCUCAUGUCCUUCACUAAGAACCUGGGCCGCUUUGAAGACGAGAUGCGUACACUCCGAGAGAAGCGGACCCAGCCCGGCUGGAGCUUCUGUGAAUACUUCAUGGUUCAGGAGGAGCUGGCCUUUGUGUUUGAGAUGCUGCAGCAGUUUGAAGAUGCCUUGGUCCAGUAUGACGAACUAGAUGCUCUUUUCACUCAAUACGUCCUGAACUUCGGAGCAGGAGAUACGGCUAACUGGCUGGGCUCCUUCUGCGCGCCGGUGCGUAACUGGAGCGGUCUGCUGCUGCGACGACCCAUCGACAUGGAAAAGAGGGACAGCAUCCAGCGAGGCGAGGCCAGCCUGCUGGAUCUGAGGAGCUACCUGUUUUCACGCCAAUGCACUUUACUCAUCUUCCUGCAGAGACCCUGGGAGGUCACGCAGAGAGCCUUAGAGCUCCUCCACAACUGUGUUCAGGAGCUACGCCUGCUGGAGGUGCAGGUGGUUGACGGAGCGCUGGACUGCUGGGUGUUCCUCAGCUGCUUGGAGGUUCUGCACAGGAUCGAGGGCUGCUGCGAUCAGGCUCAGCUCGCUGCUAACUGCUCCCACACCGUCGGCCUCUGGGCGUACGCCACUGAUAAGCUGAAGUCUCUGGGGGAACUGUGUGGCCUGGUGUCGGAGAAGGGACCCACGUCCGAGGACCUGAACCGGACCGUGGAUCUGCUGGCAGGACUGGGAGACGAGAGGCCUGAGACCGUCAACAGUUUGCAGAGCCCUUACAAAAAGCUGAAGGAAGCGUUGUCAUCCGUAGAAGCUUUUGAAAGACACUAUCUUGAGCUCUGUGAUGCUGCUAUGGAGAUGUAUCGAGCCAUCGGCCGGAUGAGGUCCGCCCGGCUGGUGGGGAAAAGCCUGGCUGAGUUCUACAUGAAGAAGGGGGAUCCUGAGCGAGCAGAAAGCUUUUUGCAAGAAGCCCUGAAGUCGUACGUGUCGGAGGGCUGGAGUCUCCCCGUGACUCACACCAGGAGACAGACGGCCGAGUGUCAGAAGCUGCUGCACAGAACUGAAGACUACUUGCAGACCAGUGCCUUGUUGGCUGGUGAUGUGAAUCUGAGCACAGAGGAGAGGAAGCUCUUCUGUCAGGAGAUUCUCAGCUUUGCUGGCCCGUCUGGAGAUGGAGACGCCUCUCCCCAGGUGACCCUGGGCAUGAGUGUGUUUGCCGAGCUGACGCGGCUGCAGUUCGUCCCACCCACGGCCUCCGUGCACUCCGGAGCCGUCCUGCAGGUGGAGCUCACGCUCAGGUGCCUGAUGCCCGUCUCCGUGAACAUCCAGCAGCUGGUGGCCAGCAUUCACUUCGACGUGGAUCACGGGGGGACUCACGGACGGUCCAAGAGAGCCCAGAGACAGAGCAACCAGGGGGUGGUGGAGUUCAGCCAGGGCCACUCCUCGGGCCUGCCCUCCUCCAUGACCCCCGGCCCUCCGCUAGAGCUGGACGAGAUCCAGGACAGGAGUCCUUCAGACAAUUCUCUCAUCUCCACAGGGGUGGUGUGUAAAAACACUCACCUGCUCAUGCGUCGGCAUGACAACAGAUCACCGUCGGACACGCCCAACUGUGUCAGCCCCCCCACUGUCGCCAUGAAGGAAGGAGCCCAGAUGCUGAAGGUGGAGGACGUGACGUUAGAGCCCGGAAACAACAGCAUCGUCUUCACAGCACCAAGUGGACAGCCGGGGACGUACACGUUGCGGCAGCUUUGUGCCACAGUUGGAGAGGUGCAGUUCGUCCUGUCUCACAUCUACCCAUCCGUCCGAUAUGAAGUUUAUUCUCAGGAGCCCCAGCUCACCGUGGAGCCGCUCUCAGAGCCUCUGCUGGCCGGUCUUCCUCAGACCGUGAAGUUCACUCUCCUGACGGGUCACUACACUGUGAAGAAAGGAGAUGCUCUGCAGCUCAGCAACACGGAGACCAUGCCCAUCCUGCCCUCCAGCAGCUGCUCCGCCCGCAUCAGCAGCCCCACCGCCGAGCUGGUUGGUGAAAGCGUCCUGUCCAUCCAGUCCUCUGAGAAGGUGACCAGCAUCAGCCUACCUCCCACUCCUCCCUACCACGUCCUGGAGUUCCAGCUGGAAGUUCUGUGCACUAUCCCGUCUGGCGCCGAGCGACCGGCCAACGAGAGGCUGACGAACGGGGAGGUCCGGCAUCGGCCUCGCAGCUACAGCCACCCCGACACGCCCAUGACCGCCAUCGACCAGAGGAUGUCCAUCGACUGCCCCUGGUCCAUCUACUCCACGCUGCUCGCCCUCACGUUCUACAUCCCCUUCAAGACCAAACACUCGCUGCUCUCUGCUGGAAACAGGAAAUACAUCCAGGUGUGUGUGCAGAACGUGUCGGAUGUAAACUUCACUCUGGCAGAGGUGAAGCUGGGGGAGAAACAGCAGGCAUCGUUGGAGCUGCAGUCCCUCAACACUAAAACACAUCAGCUCCUGUGCAGUAAGCACAGCGUGUUCUGCCUGUGGGAGGUGAGGUGGAAGGAUGAUUUGCCGUCCUGUCUACAAUGUGUUUUCUCUGCCAACUUCUCUCCGCUCGACCAAGACACGUCGGCCUUCAAACCCUUCCACUACCAGUUCCAGCUGGAGAGAGUCACUACGUUGUACAGCGUGAGAGCGCAGAUCCUUCCUCCUGCCGGGGAGCAGCACUGCCGCUCCGGGCUGCUCUGCGGGCUGGAGGUUUGCAUCACUCGCCUGACGGAACCUGCAGACGGAGAGAUAGCAGAGGACAGCAAGACUGACACGGACGGCCUCAAAACCACCAAACUCAUGUAUGAAGUGGCCGACAGCAGCAGCAACUGGGCGGUGUGUGGGAAGAGUUCAGGGAUGGUGGUGAUGCCCGUCAAGGCCGACGCUACACACAAAGUCCAGAUUGAAGUGAUGCCGCUGUUUGCAGGACACCUGCCCUUCCCAAAGAUCAAGGUGCUCAAGUACCUGCCCCACAACGCUGCCGUGGCUAUCCAGCCUGACCCCGACAGCUGCGUGGAGAACGACAGCCUGUCCCUGCUGGACAAGACGCUGGACGAGCAGGGGGACACGGCCAGCAUCCGCAGCCGCGGCAGCGUGCACUCGUUGGGCAGCAGCGGGGGGGGGGACGGGCAGCGUACGGGCGUGGCCGUGCCGCGCCUGGAGCCCUUCAGCCCCGGCCAGGUGUUCAACCACAGCCAGGCCCAGCAGGUGCUGGUGCUGCCCGCCCCCGACGACCACAUCAUGGAGGUCAACGCCACGUGACCUCCACCACGGCCGUCUCACAGGACUUUAACCCGCUCUCUGGGUGAACUCUGCUGACCCCCGGGGGCCCGCCGGGGCCCGCCGGGGCCCCCGAGUCCAAAAGCAUGUUCACAUCACUGGAGACUCUCUGGACUAGACAGUGAAGAGCCGACGACAACUGCUAAUACAUUUAAAUAAAAGAUUCAUUGCCAUACUUUGUACAUAGCUCAUUGAAUGGAUUUAUAGAUAUAAAUAAAUAUAUAUAUAUAUUUAUGGACUGAUCAAUCAGAUCUGCUCCUGUUGUGCUAUUUUGAACUGGAAAAAAAAACACUCAACUGUCCCACGAUGCAGCAAAGCCCUGGAUGUUUCCGUCUUGAUCCGCUGCUCAGUGCUGUAACGUUGACUGGGUGUUGGAUGAACAAGAAGCUGCUCCACCGGCGUCUAUACCUGAGAGUUUAGCCUUAAUCAGCUGCUGCUUUCAUGUCAAACACUGCAAAAGCUCAAAUCUUAAGAAUAUUUGUUUUAUUUCUAGGUAAAAUGUCUCAUUUUUAGUUAAAAAAAAUCUCAUUACACUUAAAACAAGACUCAUCACUUGAAAAAAAACAACAAUUUUCACCUGUUUCAAGUAGAUUUUCACUUAAAAUAAGUAGAAAAAUCUUCCAGUGGAACAUAUUGACUUGAAACAGGUGAAAAUUGUCAAAUAACAAGUUAUUUUUCUGGUAAUGACUCUUGUUUUAAGUGUAAUGAGAUUUUUUUUUAACAAAAAUGAGACAUUUUAACUAGAAAUAAGACAAAUAUUCCUGGUAAUAUAUAGAGUUUUUGCAGUGAAACCAGGCGGUUUGAAUAUCUGCGUGAUGCUCUUCAUAACCUUGACAGACUCUUGCCCUGCCGGUGCCCUAAAUACUCCAAGCUUGUGCGUUAAAGCAGGAUAUUACGGGAUGUGUGUAAUAACGGUGAGCCCCACAGACACGAGGAGCCACAACUAAACUGCUGUGCAGUGAAAAUGAAAACUAUAGAGAAAUAAUGAGAGGUGGAACAUUGAAGUCGUUCCUUCAGUUUGUUGAUCAAUAGUUUUCCAAUCCAUUCAUGUAACUAAUGACUGUUCACAGUCCGGUGUUUAUUCCGUUCACUCCAACCUCCAGAUCUGACUCAUGCACCAUCCUGACAGACUAAACUAAUGUUUCCUGUCAUCCUGACAGGUAUUUGUUACCCAACAUCAGCAGUCGCCUCCCGUUCAUGUUUAUCAGUAUAAACAGACUUACCUGCAACGACUGACAUUUAAACUGUCAUGUUUGCUUUUACUGAUCAAUUCAAGCCAACCUUAAUUUCCCUUUUAAGUUAAUAAGUCGAUUCUUAGGAAAAAGCUUGAUUAACAAAAUAAGUGGCAGAGGCUCAGCAGAUGUUUGCUUGGGAAAAAAGUAAUUAUGGAUACAUCUAAACGUGCUGGUGUUUAUAAAAUUACUAUUUUUUUUAAAUCCAAAGCCUUGUUUUCAUUGCCAACUUCAGCGGAGAACUCUCUUUUUAAUCAAAAAAAAAAUCUCAUUACAUGUAAAACAAGACUCAUCACUGGAAAAAACAACAAUUUUCACCCGUUUCAAGUAGAUUUUCACUUAAAAUAAGUAGAAAAAUCUGCCAGUGGAACAAGAUUUUGCUUGUAAUGAGAAGAUAAAUCUUGUCCCACUGGCAGAUUUUUCUACUUAUUUCAAGUGAAAAUGUACUUGAAACAGGUGAAAAUGGUCAAAUAACAAGUUAUUUUUCUGGUAAUGACUCUUGUUUUAAGUUAAUAAGUCGAUUCUUAGGAAAAAGCUUGAUUAACAAAAAAAGUGGCAGAUGCUCGGCAGAUGUUUGCUUGGGAAAAAAGUAAUUAUGGAUACAUCUAAACGUGCAGGUGUUUAUAAAAUUACUAUUUUUUUUUAAAUCCAAAGCCUUGUUUUCAUUGCCAACUUCAGCAGAGAGCUCUCAGGUAUAAAUCCAGUGGUGAAGCCAGAGUGUGUGUGUUUGUGUGUGUGUGUAUCCUUGUCCUCCCGUGGUUGUACGACGGUCUUUGUUUCCGUACGACUGUGUGUGAUCAGGAAAGACACCAGGAUCAGCCGGUGCAUCAGUCUGUCAUCAGUGGGUUCUUCAUAUUCAGUACUGCGUAUGCAUAUUUAUUGUGUGUGUCUGCGUGAGAACAUGGGUGAGGCCAGAUCCGUGUCCUAGCUAUGCACACGUCGUCGAUGCUGAGUGAAUGAGGUGGGGAAGUGUUGGAUUAAUUCCUUUGUGUAUUUGAAUGAAUGAAUAUUGGCUUUUUCUUCACCCCUCCCCCUCUUGCCUCCCUUGUCCGUCCUCCCUGUAACUACAUCCUCCUCUCCCGUGACCGCUGUACAUACUGAUCUGUAAAUACUGAUUCCAAUCAAAAUGAUCUUUGAUUGCCAACUAUAUUAAAAAAAUCAAUGAAAGCAGAUGGAUGUAUGGUGUUUAUAACAGUAGGUGCUGUAUCCUCAACCCAAUCAAGUCUCUUGUUUAGUUUUACAUCGAUCAAACAGAAAUUUCAUUAUUUGUAUUUGGGCCAGGCAGGAGAAAAAAUAUUUGAGGGG